AUGUCGCAACGAAUUAUACUACCCAGUACUUCUGAUGACCGCGUGUUCAAUAAUAGUGACGGUUACGAAUACACUAUAGGCCCAAAGCAAUCACUACCCAAUGAAGCAUCAUCCCAACCCACUCCUUCCAGGUUAUAUUCUGAAUCACUUAUGUUUAGAAAGCAAGAAGUAUCACUGUCGGCCGUGACUUUCCUGUUUGGAGAAAUGAUUGCUCAUAUUCAUAAUACAAGUAAAACCGCAUCUGAAUGCGAAGUAAAGCUGAAUGACUAUGGGUUCGUGAUAGGGUCAAAACUGUUAGAGCUGCUGAACCUAAGAGCUUCGGUACCCAGUAAUACAUAUUUAAGGAGUUCCAAUUUCCUCUCUUCAUCUACACCUACCAAUACUAGUGCCAAUGCUAUGCAUUCCGGAUCAAACACAACAGCUUCUCGAACAGUUUCCGGAGUAUCAGAUAUCUACUAUAAUCAGGAGAAUAGUGCCGAAUCCCUCACAACGCUUAUCAGUAGCAUGAGAUCUCGCGAUUUGACAAUACUAGAUAUAUUACAGUUUAUACAUGGCACGGUAUGGUCAUAUCUUUUCGGACAUGUUAGUGAUGAUUUGGUGAAGUCAUCAGAGAGAGAAAAUGAAUAUAUGAUUGUCGACAAUUUGCCACUGCUAACACAGUUCAUUCCAAAUGGUGUUUCCUGUGAUUUUUUUGUAUGCGGAAUCAUUCAAGGAUUUCUGAACAAUGCAGAGUUUCCCUGUUCCGUGACACCUCAUCUGAUGCCUCUGAAGGGCUUUGACCAAAGGGUUAUCUAUUUGAUCCAGUUUGAUAAACAUGUGUUAGAGAGAGAGGGUUUGAGAUCUGAAUAA